UGUCAACUAAUAAAACACUUUAAUCAGGCGAUUGGAUCAGUAAAAAUACUUGAGGAACUUUAAGAAUCAAGUUUGCGUUUUGUACUGUAAAAUAUGUCAACCUGGGGCAUGCAAAUAAGUUAGUUAGAUAACCAGAUGCUAUGCAACGUUUUCUUCUUGCGGGCGGGGCUUCCAGGUCAUCCCAGGCAGCUCGCUGUACUGUACAGGUACAAUAACAACCACAACAACCUCUAUUUAAUACUUUAACUAUAACAAGCGGUUAAUGUGACUAUGCGAUGCAGGACUACGGGUCCUAUUUAAAAGGUGAAAAAGCAUAUCCGUUACACGAUGGGAGGCUCGUAUGGAGACAGAGAUCGGGACCGUGGACGGGACAGGGGAAGCCCUCGGUAUGGAUCCAGCAGGGGCGGGUCUUCUGGGAACCGGAAGUUCGGGAACCCCGGGGACCGCCUGCGGAAGAAGAAAUGGGACCUGUCCGUGCUCCCCAAGUUCGAGAAGGACUUCUACAAAGAACACCUGGAUGUUCAGCGGAUGAGCCAGUAUGAACUGGAGGAGUUUCGCAGCAAGAAGGAAAUCACCGUCCGUGGUUCCGGCUGUCCCAAACCGGUCACCAGCUUCAGCCAGGCGCACUUUCCUCAGCACGUGAUGGAUGUGAUGCUGCAGCAGAACUUCAAGGAGCCCACUGCCAUCCAGGCCCAGGGCUUCCCCCUCGCCCUCAGCGGCAGAGACAUGGUGGGCGUCGCCCAGACCGGCUCGGGGAAGACUCUAGCGUAUCUGCUCCCAGGCAUCGUCCACAUCAACAACCAGCCCUACCUGGAGCGGGGAGACGGACCCAUCUGUCUGGUGCUGGCCCCCACCAGAGAGCUGGCCCAGCAGGUCCAGACGGUGGCCGCCGUGUACGGCAAGACGUCCCGCCUCAAGUCCACCUGCGUGUACGGAGGUGCCCCCAAGGGCCCGCAGAUCAGGGACCUGGAGAGAGGUGUGGAGAUCUGCAUCGCCACGCCCGGUAGGCUGAUCGACUUCCUGGAGUCGGGGAAGACCAACCUGGGGCGCUGCACCUACCUGGUUCUGGAUGAGGCCGACCGCAUGCUGGACAUGGGCUUCGAGCCGCAGAUCAGGAAGAUCGUGGACCAGAUCCGGCCCGACAGACAGACGCUGAUGUGGAGCGCCACCUGGCCCAAGGAGGUCCGGCAGCUGGCGGAGGACUUCCUGCGGGACUACGUCCAGAUCAACGUGGGCGCCCUGGAGCUCAGCGCCAACCACAACAUCCUGCAGAUCGUAGACGUCUGCACGGAGAACGAGAAGGACCGCAAACUGUUCCAGCUGAUGGAGGAGAUCACGGAGGAGAAGGAGAACAAGACCAUCAUCUUCGUGGAGACCAAGAAGCGCUGUGACGACCUCACCCGCAGGAUGAGACGCGACGGCUGGCCUGCCAUGUGUAUCCAUGGAGACAAGACCCAGCCGGAGAGGGACUGGGUGCUCAAAGAGUUCCGGAGCGGGAAAGCCCCCAUCCUCAUCGCGACAGACGUGGCGUCGCGAGGUCUGGACGUGGAAGACGUGAAGUUCGUGAUAAACUACGACUACCCCAACUCGUCGGAGGACUACAUCCACCGCAUCGGGCGCACGGCGCGCAGCACCAACACAGGCACGGCCUACACCUUCUUCACCGCGGGGAACCUCCGCCAGGCGCGCGCGCUGGUCCGUGUGCUCGAGGAGGCGCGCCAGACCGUCAGCCCCAAGCUGCUGCAGCUGGUCUCCAGUGGCGGCGGCGGCGGCGGAGGUGGAGGGGGGCGUUCCCGUUUCGGUGGCUCCUCCGCCGACAACCCCAACCUCAUGUACCAGGACGAGUGCGAGCGCCGCAUGCGCCCGGGGGCGGGGGGCGGGUCCAAGGACAGCCGGGGCAGCGGCGGCGGGAGCAGCAGCCUCGGGCGGGUCGGGCGGAGCCGGGACGCCGACCGCGCCUCCUCCUCUGGCUCCUCCUACAGGGACCGGGACGGGGGGCGGAGCCAGGGCUCUGGCUCCUCCUUCCCCUCGUACCAGAGCGGCUCCGGGGCCGGCGCUACGUCGGUGACCAGCGGGGGGGCCGUGGGCCCCGCCCUGCCCCUGGCGGGCCCCCAGCCCCUGAUGGCCCAGCAGUUCACCCCCACCCAGCCGAGGAUGGGCCUCAUGGGACACUCCCCCUUCCAGUUCGCCCCCCCGCCGGCCCCCACUGCCGCCCCCACCAGGAAGUGAGCGUGUGGAGGUGGUUGUACACUCGCACCCCGCACGUGUCACUUCCUGUGGGCGGUUCCCGGCGAACAGCAUGUAUUAGAAAGGUCUGGUCCUCAUCCAGUCUGUUGUCGAAGGUUACGGAUCGCUCUGUAAUCGUGUUCGAUGAGCGAGUGGCAUAUUAAGGUUUAGUUGGAGGGGCUAGCUAGAGUAGCAAUGUUGAAUAUAGUUGGGUUUAGUGAAAGUCGACAUGUUUUCAGACUGAACUCAUGUGUGUUUUUGAUCAAUGGGAGCCAGGUGUUUUGGCAGCCGAAGAGGGGAGCUUGGUUCUCUGAUGGUUGGUACUGAUGGGGGUGAAGUUAGCCACUACGAUCAACUUGUUUAGUCGGGUUUUCAGUUGAUGGUGUGGCUUUUGCCUUUAGGUGUUUCAAAAGGUAGGUUCCUUAGUUAACUUGUUUGAUAUGAAACCUGUUGUUACUUUUGUAUAUUCUAUCAAAAAACCUUCAUUUGGAAUGGUAACCUGCUAAACGUAAUCAAACCUUUACUUUCUUUUUAGCUUUUUUAGUGUAUGUAUUAGUUGUAUACAUAAGAGUAGUUUUUAGUUGCAUUAAUUGAAGGGUCCUCUGGCUGAACACUGAAUUUGAAUAUGCUUUCUUUAGGCCAAACGUAAUGGUGAGUCUUUUUUAUAUAUAUAUAUUUCCCCAGGUUUCAAUAAAGUCCUUCAGUGUAACAUCCA